AAUGAGACAUGAGACAUGCUCUACUCACCUGCCACCACUGGAAGUCGCCCCCGCGCAGAAACAAACCCCAGCAUCUUGUCACCAUGGGAACAAGACAGGACAGGAAAACAAAUGGCUGAGUCAGUGAUACGAGCUUUAUAUGGCAGAUCAUCUUCUUUAAAUUUGAGUUCUAAGAAGAUAAGCAACGUCCCUAAGUGUGUUUCUAGGUUAACAAAGCUGUCAGUCCUCUUGUUGAACAACAACUCCAUCACCGCGCUUCCUGUUGAGCUGCUCUCUCUGCAACACCUGGCUGAGCUGAAUUUGGGGAAUAAUGCCUUGAAGGAGGUUCCUGCUGUUUUGAGCCAUCUGGAGUCAUUGAAAAAACUGUAUCUGUUCAGCAACCAAAUUACAGUGGUGCCACCUGAGGUGAUGGGUGGUUUACCAAACCUUGUGGUGCUCAAUCUGAACCACAACCAGAUUCAAAGACUCCCACCAGAGAUUAGAAGCUUGAGUAAACUUCAACAUCUCAGUGUGCUGGACAAUAAACUAGAGGAGGUGCCUGUUGAGCUCUGUCAUCUCACUAAGUUGACUGAGAUAAACUUUACUUCCAACGAGUUGUCUCAGUUACCUCAACAGCUGUACCACUGUAAAGAACUGACCAAGUUGUAUGUAGCUAGAAACAAGCUGAUCAACCUACCAGAGGGAAUCAGGGCACUGGCAAAACUCCAAGUUCUGGAUGUGGCUGGGAACAAGUUGUCCAUGUUUCCUGUUGAGUUUCACCUGCUGCGCCUGAAGGAGCUCUACUGUGAAGGUAACAGGUUUGUGCGAUGUGAGCCGAUGCCGUCGGUGCAGGACGUGGAGGUGCUUGCAUUAAAGGAGCUGGUUGCCAGAUUUGUGUUGAGGGAGGACAGAAGCAGGUCCUCUCUGGUCCACAGGAUGCUUCCCUACUACCCAUGCCUCACUGCCCUGUUGGCUAACGGCAGCUGUUGUGCAGUGUGUUUAGGGCCCUUCCUCACCACCUGGCUGGAGUGUGUGCAGUUCAUCAGUCUGAGGAAGAACAUGAAAAUGAAGAGUCUCUUGACCAUCCCAGUGCGCGUGCUUCUCUGCUCAUACAAGUGCUUUAACACGGACGGACACUCGUACUACGGUGUUGCUUCAAGAAAAAUACAAGUUCAUUAAAAAAGCUCCACUCCACUCUAUCAUCAGUAUGAUUGACGGCACGCCAUCUCGAAACCCAGUUUGAGGUCAUGUGAUGGCCACUGGAGCAUGCCCAGUAUAGCGGAGCGGCAGGCGGGUGGGACACCAGGUAGCAGCAUCUGGUCUCCGGGUUUUUCUAGAACACACACUGCCUUUGGCGCUGCAGGCUUGGCUGGCCGAACAUCUGUCUGCGAUGUGCAGGCCGGCUGGAUGAGCAGACCCACAACCCAACCCACCCAGCCAAAUGAACGUCCUGCACAAAUGAAAGUCCUUCAGGAAUAUGUGGUUAAUAUCUCUGUUAUCUCAAUAUGACUUUUUUCAAUCCUGCUGUCAUUAUUUCCACUUACGUCUUGUGUAAUCUCUCAAGAUAAAAAACACAUUGUUGCAUGUUUAGUAAUGCUUCAUUUCUUUUUACAGCAAAUGUUUUAUUCCAGCACCAGAGUAUUUACAGAGUAACUGUUGCCUACAGUGAUAAAAUGGAAACUAAAAUCAUACUUUGUGCAUAUUUCAACUGCAUAUUUGCCUUUGUUGUCAAAGUUGCCACAUAUGUCCUUCAGUUGUAACUUUAAAUAAUUUUGCACGGCUCUUAAAAUAAAACAGACAUUCAUACAA